AUGGAAACGACGGGCUUCACGGAAAGUCAGAUGAUGGUAAGAGAAGCAGUCAGUUCCAUAUGUUCCCAAUUCCCAAACACAUACUGGCAAGAGCAUGAUCAGAAGGAGGAGGAUCCCGCAGAGUUCCACGCUGCCUUAGCUAAGGGGGGUUGGCUUGGCAUCGCGUUGCCAGAAGAAUUGGGUGGGUCUGGACUUGGUAUCGCCGAAGCAGUGAUGAUGAUGCAAACAAUCACCGAGUCAGGGGCCGGCAUGGCGGGUGCGCAGGCCAUCCAUGCGAACGUCUAUGCAACACAGCCCCUAGCUAAAUUCGGCACGAAAGAGCAGUUAGGAAGUUCAAUACCUAAUAUCAUCUCGGGAAGGUGGAGGACUUGUUUCGGCGUAACAGAACCAGAUACGGGCCUGGAUACACUGAAACUAAGAACCUUAGCCGAGAAACAGGCGGACGGUUCGUACCAGGUUACUGGCCAGAAGAUCUGGAUUACUUGCGCCCAGGUAGCCAAGAAGAUGAUCCUUCUAGCGCGCACGACAUCCUUGGAAGAAGUAAAGAAGCCAAGCGAAGGGCUGUCGCUAUUCUGCAUUGACUUAGAUAAGGAUGCUCCCGGGUUAGAUAUACGGAAAAUCAAGAAAAUGGGUGGGCGCGCGGUAGAUGCGAACGAAGUAUUCUUCGACAGUUACAGGAUCCCGGCGAAUGCUCUAAUCGGGCCAGAAAACCGAGGCUUUAAGAUAAUCUUACACGGGAUGAACGCCGAGCGCUGUCUGCUCGCGGGGGAGGCGCUCGGGCUGGGCUACGCCGCUCUGAAGAAGGCGGCGGAGUAUGCGCGCGAACGCGUCGUCUUCCAGCGACCUAUCGGCGCCAACCAGGGCAUCGCCCAUCCGUUAGCGGACUCGUACAUGCAUCUCGAGGCUGCAAAACUGGCUACCUACCACGCCGCACGACUUUAUGAUAGUAGCAAAAAUGACGAAUCAAUCAAGCAAGAUGCGAUAGGGGUAGCUGCUAACACUGCCAAGUAUCUAGCUGCUGAAGCAGCAUUUACCGCGUGCGAAAGGGCGGUCAUGACACACGGCGGAAUGGGAUAUGCAAUGGAGUACGAUGUUGAACGAUGGCUGAGAGAAUGCUUUGUGCCUCGUAUCGCGCCCGUGAGUCGAGAGAUGAUCAUGAAUUAUAUCAGCGAGAAAGUGUUGCAGCUGCCGAGGAGUUACUAG